AUGGCUACGAAAUUACAAGAGUUCGCCACGUUCCCGAUGAGAAUGACCCCAAAACACCGAAUUAUCGUAGCAGCCGCAAUCAAAGCGAUGGAGUCACUUUUCAAAAUUUUGAUGGCGGGAAAAGGCGAGUACUUCGCCUCAUGGGUCCGUCAAUACAUCCUCAAGCGACUCGAGGACCCCCGCGGAAUUCAGCACCACCUUGAUCCCAAUUUUCCGGAAAUUUGGGCUUCAAACUCAAAUGUGAAACAUUACACCCUCAAGGAUAAUCAGAACCUUGAUCUCGACAAGGCAGAAGCUUAG